AUGCCAAUCCCUUUAUCAACAGCUCUACCGACGGGGCCGGCCACAGUCUUCUCUGCUCUACCAACAGCGGCCAUUGGAGUGGACUCAUUUCGGUCGACACCUUGGCAGCGGCGUAUCGCCCGGUAUCGAGGGCUCUCAGAAAUCAAUGAUCGACGAAAGCUGAUGGAUCGCUUUAUCGACGAGGACUGCAUAUCAAUAUCGACGGUUUCUGUAUACACUGACGACUCAGCGGGAAUGGUGUUUUAA